AUGGAGAAACUACCGAGUGAUGUACUGCUAGAUAUACUAUCUCGCUUACCUUACGAAACCAUCAUCAACUGCAAACUAGUUCGCAAACCCUUGAGAGAUAUAACAAAUAAUAUCAACGAAGGAUUCAUCUUUCUGCAGCUUGGAAAACCUGCAGGUUUCAAACUCUGUUACGGAGGAGAAGAGCAUUACGAUGAUAUUACUAUGCGUGGGGAUUACUCUUACAAGACACUUAUGGAAAUCGAUAAUCAUCCGUCUACUGAGCAAGAACCCCCCUUGUCUGACAUGGUUGGUUCGUUUAAUGGCUUGGUUUGUCUCUGGGUAAAGCAGAAGUCCUCUUAUGCACGCGAUCCCAUCUACAUCUGUAAUCCCGCAACUAACGAAUACAUUUAUCUUCCAGCAUUCAAUAACUACAAGAAAGCAUGUAAUGCUGAGACGAAAGGUUAUUUUCAUUACGGAUUUGGAUAUCAUCAUCCUACUGAUGCGUAUAAAGUUGUUAGAAUCUACUACCAUGAUGUCAACGACAAUGAAUAUCCAACAAUCAUCAGUUCCAGUGAUGAGUACAGCGGCCAAGUCCAAGCAUAUACUUUGGGGAAUGGUCAUGGGUGGAGAGAUAUAGGAAGACUUAAUCACGAUUUAGCUUACUACCGCAGUGUUUGGGCAAAUGGAUCCCUUCAUUGGAUAAAGGAUGGGGCAAAAGAAAUUGUGGCUUUCGACUUAGCGGAUGAGGAGUUCAGGUUGAUCCCAUUCCCACCACUUUCACCUGAUAGGUCUAACACUGAAGUUGAUCUUCAAUUAAUGUUUGGAGGGUAUUUGUGUGUCGUUCAUAUAGAUGUAGGAAAACAAGAUGAGUUCAUUCACAUAUGGGUAUUAGAGAAAAAGAAAAAGUUCAGCAGCAGCUAUGAUAUCAGAGGACAUGAUGAGUUCAACAACCUAUGGAGAUGGAGCAAGAAAUUUAGCAUACCAUGCGCAAAGGCUGUGACAUAUUUUCUGUUCGCGGUUACAAAGAGCAAUCAAGUUCUAAUGUCGUCUGAUAGGGCUGUCUUUUGUUUUGAUUUGGGAACUCAAGUGCUAAGAAAACUCUGGGAUAAUUGUUCGAUGCGGAAUAGCAUAGCAAUUCCUCACGUGAACAGCCUUGUUUCACUUGAAUCAUUAGGAGAAAAAUCCAUAAUGAGAAAACGAUAA